AUGGACUGGACUCGGUACGUACGGACAAUGGGGAACGAUUGCUUCAGCUGUGUGCUGAUCGCAGGCUGUUUUUAUGCAGUACUAACUUCCAAAAUAGCUGAAUUCGUCUUGCCACAUGGUGUCCUUCAACGGUAUACCAGCCACAAACUCAAAUCGAUCACGUUGCGACUAGCUACCGAUGGCGUGGAUCAACAACUGACUGCCGGUCGGUUUGGGACACAUUUGUGGAUUCUGACCACGCACUUAUCCGGAAUCGUUUCUCCCUACGUUUCCCAGGGCCGCGUAAGACGAAUCUACCAGAAUUGUCUUCUUGAGUCUCUUCCAAAUGCUCCACCAUCAGAUGUGAACGCAUACUGGGACGAGAUUGCCACCCCUUUGCAUAGUUGUGGGAAUUUGGUCUGUGCCACGGCCCAACCAGACGAACGCAAGCACUGGAUAUCAGACCAAACGGUGGCACUGCUUAAAUCUUGGAGAAAUAUCGAAGCCGAUCCAGAACAUAAUCCGGUGCAAGUAUUACGUCAAGUGGAAGUAGGCGUGCGAGCCGACCAUGAAGUAUGGUGGACACAGAAAGCCAAAGAAUUGGAAGCCCAGAAAGCCGGUAACGCCUCAAGAUUACUUCAGCUGAUUCGCGCGACCGGCCCCCAGAAACCACCUGUGAGCGAAACCAUCAAGAAUCAGAAUUGA